UUUGUAUCCUAGGGGAAGAGACUUUGGGAAAGAGAACAGGAUUAGAAGUUCUUUUUACGUUCACAACCAUUCUCCUUUAACGAGACAGACUCGUUUAUUCAUUCACACUUGUGCCGCCCGCCCGCCCUAGCUCUCCUCUCCUCCCUUUCUCCGCCGCCGUCAGCCGCACUCACCUGUCGCAGGAGUGUAAUGUCUGAUAUUUUGGGUGCUUGGUCUAUUUGACAAAGAUGAAGACUGUCCAAGUUGCUGCAAGGCAGCCUGUUAUUCCUGUCGAAAGCAAAUUUUCUGCAAGGAAGCCUGUUAUUCCUGUCAAAAACAAAUCUCAGUCGCACCAUUUUACCUCUUUACCAUGUAUAUCAUCAAUGAAUGCCUUCCCUCUCUCUAGGACUUCCUUGAGACCAGGAGCAAGACCUGCAUUUGGCUUGCCAUAUUUGCCUGUUCUGAAAUCUCAGCAACCUUUCCAUGUUUGUUUAGCUGGUGGAAAAGGAAUGAUGGGAAGUAACGAGGAUUCCCGGUGGAAAUCUCCUGAGGCAGAAAUAGAAAAAUUGAAGGGACAGUCAAUAGAGGAUAUGUUACGACAGCAAAUUCAUAAGCAAAAAAAUGGGGGAGGUGGGGACAAGCCUCCAGGAGGACGUGGUCGUGGUGGUGGUGGUCCUGGAGGAUCAGAGGAGGGAGACUUUGCUGGGCUGUCAGAUGAGAUUCAGCAAAUCAUCUUAGCAACAAUUGGUUUCAUAUUAGUGUAUAUUUGUGUCAUCGAUGGUGUGGAGCUUGCAAAGCUGUCUAAGGAUAUCCUCAAGUAUCUGUUUGGUGGAACCCAGAGUCUUCGAUUGAAAAAAGCCAUCUACAAGUGGACGCGAUUUUUUAAGCUUUUGACAGGGAAUAGGAAAGUUCUUAAGAAUGAGUUGGAGGAAGCCCCAACACAGAGGAACAACCUCGAUUACUACCAUGAUGAUGUCCUUAGGAAUUACAUGAAACCAAAUUCAGAUGCAUAAGUUUUGUUUACUUGGUGCCUUCAUGUUCACCCUUAUGGUGAGGAGUUACUUUCGCAUUCUUUGUUUACUGCUGUUAAAUCUAAUCGCAUAUUGUUUAAUAAAUUACAUUUUUUUUCUUACUCUAUUAUGGAUUUAACAUUACUUUCUUUUACAAGUAAAAAAGAUCACAUUACGAAUUUGUAUUUGAUAUUUACAUCCCUAGAAAAAGACUAUGGACAGCGAUUAAUUCUUAGAUGGAUAGUAAUUUAAUACUUAUUCUAUAUUUGAUGAUUA